AUGACAGGCACACUACCACAUCCUUUCGACGGCAUCACCCCUGCCGAGAUCCAAUUGGCCACCAAGAUUCUGGAAGCGGCCUUUCCGGGUGUUAAUCUGCGGUACAAGAAGAUUGAUAUCCAAGAACCGACGAAGAAGGAGGUUGUCCCUUUCAUCGAGGCCGAGAGAUUGGGCAAACCCCUUCCUCCAAGGCCAGCUCGUUUGCUGCAAGUCCUCUUUCAUCGCUUAGAUACCGGUGUCUUCUUCAAGGCAUUGUUGAAUGCUGGAACGCGGUCAAUCCUCUAUGCCAAAGAGCUGCCAAAGGAAAUUCAGGGCCCCGUCGAUGCCGACGAGAUGGUUGAAAUCGAGGCCAUGUGUCUCCAGCACCCGGCCGUCAAGGCCGAAGUGGCUAAGCUGCAACUCCCUGCCGGAAUGACGGUCUGCAAUGACCCCUGGAUCUAUGGCACCGAUGAUCCGAAGGAGCACCGUCGCUUGUUCCAAUGCUACAUGUACAUCGUGGCCACGGACCACCCCCAGAAUAAUCAUUAUUCGGUGCCCUGCAAAUUCUCUCCUGUCUUCGACGGCAUCACUAGGGAGCUUGUGCGCAUAGACUACCUCCCUGGUGGUCCUGACUUCCAGACCACGGAAACCCAACCGUGGAAGCCGGUCGAGACCAUCCAGUACGCCCAUGAUCUGCUCCAAGAGCCGCUGCGCACCGACCUGAAGCCGUACAUCGUGCAACAGCCACAGGGCGCCUCGUUCACUGUGAAAGACAAUCUGGUUUCAUGGCAGAAAUGGAAGUUUCGCGUCGGCUUCAAUAGCCGGGAGGGCCUGGUCAUUCACAACCUGACUUACGAUCAGCGCAACGUGUUCUACCGACUUUCAGUGUCUGAGAUGACUGUUCCAUACGGAGAUCCGCGCGCACCCUACCACCGCAAACAGGCAUUCGACGUCGGCGACGUCGGCUUCGGUAUCACAGCCAACCAACUAUCCCUCGGCUGCGACUGUCUCGGCCACAUCAAGUACUUCGACGGCUACCGUGCCGACGCAAAAGGCAACCCAGUUCUCCUUAAGAACGUCAUUUGCCUCCACGAGCAGGACAACGGUCUGCAAUACAAACACACAAACUACCGCACCGGCGCCGCAACAGUCGUCCGCAACCGGCAGCUUGUUGUGCAAAUGAUCUGCACUGUCGCCAACUACGAAUACAUCUUCGCGUUCAUCUUCGACCAAGCCGCCAACAUCGAGCUAGAGGUUCGCGCCACCGGUAUACUUUCCACAGUGCCCUUCGACAAUCACACCUUCGGCGCCACCGUUCCAUGGGGCACGAACGUCGGACCUGGCGUGAUGGCGCCGUACCAUCAACACAUGUUCUCGUUCCGCAUGGAUCCCGCUCUCGAUGGCUUCCAUAACACGGUCUAUUACGAAGACAGCGUGCCGAUGCCCGAGGACGAAAACAACCCGUACAACGUGGGCUACACGACGGAGCAAACGGUGCUGAAGACCAGCGGGACUGCCAACACGAGCGUGGAGCGCCACCGCGUGUUCAAGAUCCGGAAUGACUCCCACAUCAAUCCCAUCACCUACAAACCCAUCGCGUAUAAAUUGCAGACGUCGCCCGCGCAGAUGCUCCUGGCCAGUCCGCGAUCGUACGGCGUCAAGCGAGCCGGGUUCGCGACGAAGCCGAUCUGGGUGACGAAGUAUCAAGACGGUGAGCUCUACGCGGCGGGCGAAUUCACAAACCAGAGUAAGGAAAGCCAGGGCGUUGAGAAGUGGGUGGCGCGGAAGGAUUCGGUGGAGAAUGAGGACGUGGUGCUUUGGCAUACCUUCGGCCUAACCCACAACCCCCGAAUCGAAGACUUCCCCGUGAUGCCGAUGGAGCGCGUCAGCGUGAUGCUGAGACCCGACGGUUUCUUCACGAAGAAUCCCGCGCUCGAUGUUCCUCCGUCGAACCAGGCCUUCAACCAGUCGACACUGCACCCGGAGCCAGCGCGAGCAUGUUGCGCACCCGGAUCCGACCGGACGGUGAAGCUGUAA